AUGCUCCGAAAUGGGCAAAUCGCAAAUGAUGGACCUUUCACCAAGCUGGUCAAGAACUCCGCGUACUACAGUCGCUACCAGACUAAGUACAAGCGCCGUCGUGAGGGAAAGACCGACUACUAUGCCCGUAAGCGUCUCAUCACCCAGGCCAAGAACAAGUACAAUGCGCCCAAGUACCGCCUCGUCGUCCGUUUCACCAACCGCGACAUCGUCAUGCAGAUCGUGACCUCCGAGAUCACUGGCGACAAGGUCUUCUGCGCUGCCUACGCCCACGAGCUCAAGGCCUACGGCAUCGAGCACGGUCUUACCAACUGGGCUGCCGCCUACUGCACUGGUCUCCUGAUCGCCCGCCGUGUCCUCGUCAAGCUCGGCAUGGACAAGGAGUUCGAGGGUGUUGAGGAGGCUGAUGGAGAGUACAAGCUCACCGAGGCUUCUGAGGGUGAGGGCCGACGCCCAUUCAAGGCUUUCCUUGAUGUCGGUCUCCACCGCACAUCCACUGGUGCCCGUAUCUUCGGUGCCAUGAAGGGUGCUUCCGACGGAGGCAUUCUCAUCCCCCACUCCGAGAACCGAUUCCCUGGUUACGAUAUCGAGACCAAGGAGCUCGACGCCGAGACCCUCCGCAAAUACAUCUUCGGUGGCCACGUCGCUGAGUACAUGGAGACUCUUGCCGAUGAUGAUGAGGAGCGAUACAAGUCCCAAUUCCAGGGCUACAUCGACGACGAGAUCGAGGCUGAUGGAUUGGAGGAGCUGUACCAGGAGGCACACAAGCAGAUCCGUGCCGACCCCUUCAAGAAGGUCGAGGGUGCUGCUGAGAAGAAGUCCAAGGAGGAGUGGAAGAAGGAGUCGCUCAAGUACAAGGGCCGCAAGUUGACCAAGGAGGAGAAGAUCGAGAGGGUCAAGGCCAAGAUUGCGGAACUCAAGGCAUAA